UUCGCUUUCGGGCAACGCGAGCCACUCAUUUGUGAGGCGCGGAGUCGUCCCGGUGGGUCGGUGGCUGCUGCUCGCUGGCUGACUGAGGGGAGGAGGAGGAGGAUGGCCUGCGCCCGGAGCCCUUUCCUGACCUCCUAUGCCUUACUGGCGCUCUUUCUCCUGCUGCCUGGCGGUUUCUGUGAAGACUGCAUAGCAUACACCACUUUUUAUGGAAUUCUGAAACCAGCAGUAUCUUGUCCAGCAUUCUGCUGUGGAAGUUGCAACAACCGAUAUUGCUGCUCAGACAUCGUACAAAGAUUGAAUAAAUAUGAGCAACUUGAAUGUGAUCCAGCAAGGUCAGAUCCAGCUCUCAUGCUCAACUCUGCAAUGUACAAAUCGGACGACUUUCACUUCGACUCUCAACCCAGCGGGACUAUCAUAGCUGUUGGAGUUUCCAUAUUCGUACUGUUUGUGGUGACCAUCAUUCUCUGCUUUACCUGUUCAUGUUGCUGCCUGUAUAAAGCAUGCCGAAGGCAACCGCGGCCUGUCGUGACCACAACUACAGCCACAACUGUGGUGCAGGUGCCAUAUCCUCAGCAGCCUGGGAUGCCACCACAAGGUUACCCUGUAGGGAUGUAUCAAGGAUAUAAUCCUCUGCCAGUGCAACCUCACCAGGGGAUGCCAGCAGCACCCUACCCAACACAGUACCCUCCACCUUACCCCACACAGCCUGCAGGACCACCACCCUACCAUGAAACCAUGGCAGCUGGAGCUGCUGCAGUUCAGCCACCUUAUAACCCAGCAUACAUGGAUCCUCCGAAGCAUUAACUUCAAAUGGAUUUACUGCUCUGUAUCUGCACAGAAGCCUUUUCAAACUGAAUCUGUAUUGUGGCAUACUUUCUUAAAAUACUACUCUGAUGCAGGCGGGGUAGAAACCCUGACAGUGUUUUUGUUUGUUUGUUUUUUAAUGCCUUGAGCACAACAAGGAAAAAAAAAUCACCUGGAUUUGUUUUCCUAUAUCUAAAUUUAAAUUGUUGACAGUUUCUUUUAAAAAAAGAAAAAGACAACUUCUGAGUAGGAGUUAUGGAUAUGCCAUACAAUAAUCUGAAUCUAGUGAAAGGGAGUGGUUGAUAAGACAAGCAGCAACAAGCGCCUGCUACCAUGAUUUUGCCAGUAAUUGUUAAUGCUUAUAAAAUGAGAGGUGUACCUCAACAAAAUCAGUGUAAAACUAGAUAUACUUUUUCCAUUUAACUAUUACAAAGUAAGAUCUAAUGGAAAAAAGUAAGAGAAAUAGUAUUGAGUAGAAUGUUUUGGGGUUUUGGCAAGAAAUAGUGUAAGUUGUUAAAGAAAACUUUUCUGUAUUUGUGCAGCAAUUGCCUAGUCAUUUGCUUCAUUAUGCUUUCCCAGUUUUAAUUUCAAGCAUGUCAGUUUCAUAGGUAACUUUCCUUUGUCUAAUAUUCCAGUUUCCCCUUUCCUCUAAAAAAAAAAAUACCAAAAGAAUAAUAUGUACUGUACCACUGCAUGAACAUGGUUGAAUGAAUCAUCUUAACAU